AUGUAUCCUCUUCUAUUGAACACUUGUGUUGUGUGUUCGCCUCUAUUUUUUGCGGCUGGACAAAACAGUAGCUUAUUCGCGUAUAUCGUUCUAAAAAUGGAGGAGUUACAGAACGCAUUGACUGAUAAGAGCUUAACUAUCUCGACGCUUCCCGAAAAGGGACGCUGCCUUCUCACCGCCCGAGAUUUUUCCCCAGGUGAGGUGAUUUUAAGCGAUAGCCCAUAUGUUUGUGUUCCCAAUAAGAACAAAGAGUCGCCUGAACCCAAGUGCGAGUGGUGCUUUUCAUCUGCCGACCUCAAGAAAUGCUCAGCUUGUCACGUCGUUUGGUAUUGUAGCAGCAAAUGUCAGAAGUUAGAUUGGAAGAUGCAUAGUGUGGAAUGCUCGGCAUUGAAGAAAGUUGACAAGGAAAGGUUGAAAUCACUCACACCAUCCAUUCGUUUGAUGGUGAGGCUUUGUAUAAGGCUUAAGCUAGAGAAUCAGAAGAUAAAUUUAGGGAUGAAUAUGAAUUUACCUUUCACAUUUGACCUUAUAACAGAAAGAAACAUAUCUGAAGUCGAUGAGAACCAGCUGAUAUUGUAUGCCCAGAUGGCUAACCUUGUCAACUUGAUACUCCAGUGGUCCGAUUCAGAUAUUAAUAUCAAACAGAUUGCUGAAAAUUUUUCUAAGCUAGCAUGCAAUGCCCAUACUAUUUGUGACAGUGAACUGAGACCCCUCGGAACAGGACUUUUCCCCGUAAUUGCUAUCAUAAAUCACAGCUGUUUACCCAAUGCUGUUCUUGUAUUCGAAGGAAGAGUAGCUGUCGUACGGGCCAUGCAGCAUAUACCAAAAGGUACAGAGGGACAACCUGAUGACAUUCGAGAAAGUGCGAUUCUAGAAGGUUAUAGAUGCAAAGCUGAUAAAUGUAGUGGAUUUCUACUUCGUGACCCUGAUGAUAAAGGGUUCAUAUGCCAACAAUGUGGACUUCUGAGGAGCAAAGAAGAAAUUAGUAACAUCACUAAUGAAGUGAAACGUAUUUCGGAAAGAGCAUCUCAGUCACUUUCCUCUGGCUAUAAAGCUGAGGCUUAUAAGAUGAUCGAGCAGCUUCAACAGAAGCUGUGCCACCCAUUUUCGAUCAAUAUUUUGCGGACAAGAGAGUCUCUUCUAAAGAUAUUGAUGGAGCUGCAGGAUUGGAAAGAAGCACUUUCUUAUUCCAGAUUGAUAAUCCUGGUUUAUGAGUGGGUGUACCCGAGCUGCCAUCCGUUGAUCGGGCUGCAGUAUUAUAUGUCUGGAAAGCUCGAAUGGUUGUUGGGGGAGACUGAAAAUGCAGUUAGAUCUUUUACGAAAGCUUUAGAUGUACUGAGAUUCACUCACGGAACAAAAACUCCGUUCGUGAUGGAGCUUAUGGGUAAGCUAGACGAGGCUCGUGCAGAGGCUUCUUACAGGCUUCGGUCUCCAGAUGACAAUUGAAAAAAAAAAAAA